AUGUUUUCUGUACUUCAUUCGGUUAAUCUGUUCCCAAUCAAGAAAACGGCAGUGGAUUCAAAACCCACCAACAAAAAUCAACUAUAUCUCCGACCCAUUUCCUCAGUUGCACCUUCUUGUGUAAACCCAUCUGGGUCCAACCCAGAUACUGAUUUAUCUCCUGAAACCUUAAAGAACUCCACAGAUAGUACGCCAAAUCAAUUUUUUUUACCUAUAUUGUCACGACGAGUUACUGUUCCUGGUUAUGAGAAUGUGAAUUUACAUGAAAAAACAGAAGCUUGGUUUAAUCUUCUUAGAACCCAUGGAGUUACGAAUUAUCAAAUUUCCAAGGUUUUGAGGUUACACCCAGCACUGCUUGUGGCCGAUCUUGAGAAAGACAUUUUGCCCAAACUGGAGUUUUUUAAGUAUAUUGGCGUUUCAGAAAGGGUCCUUACAAGGUUGAUUACUAUAGAUCCAAAACUAUUGACUAGAAGCUUAGAGAAUCGAAUCAUACCGUACUAUGAUUUCCUCAAGAGUAUUCUUAAAACAGAUAAGAAGGUGGUUGCUGCUAUAAAGAAAGCUCCAUGGAUUUUUACAGCUCAUCAUACAACAAAUCUUGUUCCUAAUAUUGCUUUCUUGAGGGAAGUUGGAGUGGAAGAAUCGAGGAUUGAUCACGCAUUGCUACAUUACACUGAUGCUAUGAUACAGAAUCAUAGGCAGUUUAAGGAAGUAGUUAAUCAGGUUAAGGAAAUGGGAUUUGAUAUGUCGACAUGGGCUUUUCUCAAAGCGAUACAUGGCCUUUCAGGGAGAGGUAUGAGAUCCCUUUGGGACAGGUGCUAUGCAGCAUACAGGAAGUGGGGUUGGUCUGAGGAUGAUAUACGCUCGGCAUACUUAAAGGACCCAUAUUGUAUGCACGUGUCUGAGAAUAAGAUUGCAAGGGUAAUUGAAUUCUUAACGAACAAGAUGGGGUGGCCUUUGAAUGCCCUUGCUAGAUACCCCUUACUUCUGACGUUUAGCUUGGAAAACAGGACUAUGCCACGAUUUGCGGUUAUUAAAGUCUUGCUAUCGAAGGGCUUGCUGAAGGAAGAUAUGAGCUGGCAUUCAGUAAGUUCAGGAUCUGAGGAGUCUUUCUUGGAGAAGUAUGUGACUAAAUACGAGAAGGAAGUUCCUGAACUUAUGAGCGUGUACCUUGGAGAGGUGGAUAUUUGGGAGUCAGAAACUGAAAAUGUUAAUAUGGGUAUAGGUUUGGAAGGGGAAACAACUGAUAAGGUUGGUUAUCUGAAAGCGUUCUGGGUCAAGGAUUUUGUUGAUAUGGAUUCAACUCCCAUGAAGGAAGCAUGA